GCCGUAUCCACCAUCCUCCCUCUUCCUACAUAUACUCUUCAAAUCCGUCAUUCUAAUUCCUAUUCCCAACCAUGGCCGACCCCAGCCUCAUCUCCUGGGGCGUUUCCCGCAUCUCGCAAAUACUCCCACUAGACGAAGAAUCACUCACGCAGAUCAUCACCUACGCCGCCAGUCUACCGAAAGAGGAGGGUGCCGAUCAUCUCAAAAACCUCUUAGGUGACUCCCCCGCUGCCUUCGAAUUCAUAUCUGCGUUCAGUUCGCGACGCGACCCGACACCUCAACGACCAGCAGCCUCCGAUGCGUCCUCAUCCACACCUACAGCAACAAGCUCCAGGAAUCCAGCAGCGGGGCAAAAGAAGGGCAAGAAGUCGAAACCACCGCUACACAGCGCCGGGCCCCCGCGUCGGCCCGAUAACUUCGGAGAUGUCACAGGCGGAUACAAAAAGGCAGAUCUAGAGGAAGAUUACAUGGCGCCGGCGCCUAGAGCCAAACAAGAUACCGGCGCUUCACGGUCGUCGCAUCUAUCGGUCGAAGAUUCGUCCGCUGCUUCGUCGCGGGCUCAUUCACCUGCCCCGAAACAAAGCUCGAGCAAACCGCCGCCCUCUGCCUCGGGGCCUAUGCUCUCGGACUUGUUACCGAACGUUAAAUCCAAGGCCGCGAAGUCCUCUGCUACACGACACAGUAAUAACACUACUACGAGCCAGUCUAAGAACUCCUUAACCACGACCAACAUCUCCGAUCUAACCGCCGCAAUCGCCGCACUAGAAGUAUCCACGAACCCAACCCUGAGCAACGAAUCCCGGAAAUGCUCCUGCUUCGCUGCCAUCCACCCGCUUUUCGCCCCCGCCCCGAACUGUCUCAACUGUGGCAAGAUCAUCUGCUCCCUAGAAGGCCUCCAGCCGUGUUCGUUCUGCGGUACACCCCUGCUAUCGAAUGAGGAAGUGCAGAGCAUGAUCCGGGAAUUGCGGGCAGAGCGAGGCCAGGAGAAGAUGCGCGCGCAUAACGAGAGCGUACACCGCGAGGGCGGACCGGGGCAAGGGCCCUCGCCUUCGGCCUCUUCCAGCAAAUUGAACGCUGCCAUGGCUCACCGGGAUAAAUUGCUUCAGUUCCAGGCACAGAACGCCAAGCGGACGCGUGUUGUCGAUGAGGCGGCGGACUUCGAGACUCCUAAUGUGGCGUCGACGCUGUGGAUGAGUCCUGCGCAGCGGGCUCUCGCCUUGAAGAAGCAGCAGCAAAUACUGCGCGAGAUGGAAGAAAAGGCCCGUCCGGAAUGGGAGAAGAAGAGGACCAUCAUGAGUCUAGAUAUCAAGGGUGGGAGAGUUACUCGUGUGUACCAAUCUGCUGGAGCUAGUCCUGUUGAUUCGGGAUCUCCUGCGGAAGAAGAACCCGAGCCCGAGCCUGAGACUAGUGAACCGGCAGAUGAAUCUACGAAGUCACGUCGCGGCGAAGCCUUCAGUCGGAAUCCUCUUCUUGCGGCUGGUGGAUUGAUGCGACCUGUCUGGAAGGGACCAGACGGUAAGCCGGUUGAAGCGAGACCGCAGAAUGAACGGAAACAGACAUGGCGACGAGUCCAGGAUGAUAACGACGACAAUGAGCAAUGGAUCCUCGACGGCGGCUUACAUGGACACUCUUAGAUUGGGACGUGUGUUUUGAUGGUUGCUCAAGAGAUGCUCGUACGUUACACAAACACGACCAGCUUACAGCUAUCGACUCUAUCAACGCAUUCCCUGUCGGGGACCAUCUGGAUUGUCAGAAAUACACACCACGAAAUAGCCGCGAGACCUCACAGUUUACUCCCCCCCGUGAAUGGGGACUUCGGGUUCACAGCUGACCCAGUACCCACUAUUUACCCAUCUAUCGGUGAAGACAAGCAGUCAGUGAUCUAUGUGGGACCAAAAGGCACUCGGAUAGAAGCGGUGCUCGAGAAGAUCAUUGCUCCGGUUUCAGGUCCAAUACCAGGGCUAUCAAUUGGAUACCAGCUAUAGCAUCCUAGGUACAUCCAGAUAAGCCCAAACAAUAAUAGAAAAUCACAUGUGCAUACCUACAA